AUUGUUGCACAACGUCUUUGAAAGUAGAUAUGCCCAGCGUGGGCAGUAGGGAAGUGUGUAAAGACGUAUACACAGACACAAAGGCGCAGUCCCCAGACGACAAACGUUGCUUCACGCGAGAUGAUCAGUUUUACUUUGUUGUUGCCGUUAAUCUUCGUGCAAGCUCUGCGUAUCAGCUCAGCUUACAACGUCGUUUUGGUUAUAUUUGAUGAUCUGAGACCGACCUUGGGUGCUUAUGGCGAUAGCUUGGCACGCACGCCGAAUCUGGAUGCAUUCGCCGAGGGCAGCAGCAUCUUUACGCAUGCCUACAGUCAGCAAGCAUUGUGCGCACCCAGUCGCAAUUCGUUGCUUACUGGACGACGGCCGGAUACACUGCAUCUGUAUGAUUUCUAUAGUUACUGGCGCAGCUUUGCGGGCAACUUUACCAGCUUGCCGCAGUAUUUCAAGCAGCAUGGUUAUUACACAUAUAGCUGCGGAAAAGUGUUUCAUCCAGGUCUCUCCUCCAACAACAGCGACGACUAUCCGUUAAGCUGGUCAGCACCAGCAUUUCGGCCACGUACGGAGCAGUAUAUGAACUCGCCAGUUUGCCCAGAUCCAUCGGGUGACAGUGUGCUGCGCAAGUACAACCUCAUCUGUCCGGUGGAGCUGCAAACGCAGCCGUAUAAAACAUUGCCGGACAUUGAAUCCGUAACGGAAGCUUUACGCUUUGUGCACAGCUACAAUUUAAAGCAGACUGAACAGCCAUUCUUGCUGGCUGUGGGGUUCCACAAGCCGCACAUCAAUUUUCGCAUACCACGGCAGUUUUACAAUCAAUUUCCGCUGGAUCAAUUCUACAACUACACAAACUCAACUGAGAAGCCUCAGCUUAUGCCCAGUGUUGCGUGGAAUCCGUAUACAGAUGUGCGUGCGCGCGAUGACUUCAAGCAUGCGAAUAUAUCCUUCCCGUAUGGGCCUCUUAGCGAUCAGCAGGCGGCCAGGAUACGUCAGGGCUACUACGCCUCCGUUGCCUAUGUGGAUGAUUUGUUUGGCAAACUGGUGGCUGGUUUAGAUCUUCAGAGCACAGUGGUUGUAGUGCUUGGCGAUCACGGGUGGUCAUUGGGGGAGCAUGGCGAGUGGGCAAAGUAUAGCAAUUUUGAAGUGGCUCUACGCGUGCCACUAAUUAUACGUAGUCCCGAGUUUCCAUUGUCGCACUCACGACACUUUGGCAGCAUUACGGAGCUAAUCGAUGUCUUUCCCACGGUGGUGGACUUGGCCCACUUACCGCCGCUGCCAACCUGCCAAGGCAAUAGCUCCCAAUUGACAUGCGGCGAAGGCAAAAGCUUGUAUCCACAGCUAAAAGGUUUAAAGCCAGCAUUUUCGCAUGUGGCCCUUAGUCAAUAUCCGCGACCGGGAAUGUUGCCCACUAAGUUUCCAAAUAGUGACAAGCCCAAGCUGCGUAACAUUAAAAUUAUGGGCUAUAGUUUGCGCACUGAUGUUUAUCGUUACACGCUCUGGGUGCGUUUUCACGCACACAAUUUCAGCCAAGAUUGGCAUAACGUCUAUGGAGAAGAGCUGUACGACCAUCGCAUAGACUCUGGCGAGCAGUUCAAUGUGGCGUCAUUGUCAAAGUUUAAUAUAGUGCGCCAAAAUUUACGGCAUAGCUUGAUUGAACUGGUGGAAAAUUUAAAUAAAGCAAAUUAG